UUUUAUCUGCCCUCCUCAUGGGUAACAGGGGCAUGGAGGACCUGAUCCCGCUUGUGAACCGGCUGCAGGACGCCUUCAGCUCAAUUGGGCAGAGCUUUCACCUGGACCUGCCGCAGAUAGCCGUGGUGGGCGGCCAGAGUGCGGGAAAGAGCUCGGUGCUGGAGAACUUCGUGGGCAGAGAUUUUCUUCCACGAGGCUCAGGCAUUGUAACAAGACGUCCGCUGGUCCUUCAGCUUAUAAAUUCUACAACAGAAUAUGCAGAGUUCCUACACUGCAAAGGAAUCAGAUUCAGUGACUUUGAUGAAGUGUGCCAAGAGAUUGAAGCAGAAACUGAUAGAGCAACAGGAAUGAAUAAAGGCAUUUCAUCCAUUCCUAUUAAUUUAAGGAUAUAUUCCCCACAUGUGUUGAACUUGACUCUUAUUGACUUACCCGGGAUUACAAAAGUUCCAGUGGGUGACCAGCCUCCAGACAUCGAACAUCAGAUCCGUGAAAUGAUAAUGCAGUUCAUCAGUCGAGAGAAUUGUCUGAUACUUGCAGUGACGCCCGCCAACACAGAUCUUGCCAAUUCCGAUGCCCUGAAGCUGGCUAAAGAAGUGGAUCCUCAUGGUUUGAGAACAAUUGGCGUGGUCACCAAACUAGACCUGAUGGAUGAAGGGACCGAUGCACAGGAAGUCUUGGAGAACAAACUGCUUCCUCUUCGCAGGGGUUAUAUUGGUGUUGUGAACAGAAGUCAGAAAGAUAUUGAUGGCAAAAAGGAUAUUCAAGCUGCAUUGUUAGCAGAAAAUAUUUUUUUCCUGUCACACCCAUCUUACAGACAUAUGGCAGAUCGCAUGGGAACCACAUAUCUUCAGAAAGUUUUGAAUCAGCAAUUAACCAACCACAUACGUGAUACGUUGCCAGACUUACGGAGCAAACUACAAAGCCUCCUGCUAUCCAUUGAACAUGAAGUAGAGGUUUACAAAAAUUUUAAGCCCGAGGAUCCAUCAAGAAAAACCAAAGCAUUGCUACAGAUGGUGCAGCAUUUUGCAGUGGACUUUGAGAAGAGGAUUGAAGGAUCUGGUGAUCAAGUUGAUACUCGAGAACUUUCAGGUGGUGCAAAAAUCAAUCGCAUCUUUCAUGAACGUUUCCCAUUUGAGCUUGUAAAGAUGGAAUUUGAGGAGAAAGAUCUUAGAAGAGAGAUUAGCUAUGCAAUCAAAAACAUCCAUGGUGUCAGAACUGGACUGUUCACUCCAGAUAUGGCAUUUGAAGCAAUAGUGAAAAAACAGAUUGUGAAGCUGAAAGGACCAGCACUGAAAUGUGUGGACCUUGUGAUGCAGGAGUUAAUUAAUACUGUUAAAAAAUGUGCAGCUAAGCUUUCUGACUAUCCAAAACUUUGUGAAGAGACUGAAAAGAUUGUUACUUAUUGUAUUCGUGAACGAGAAGGAAAAACCAAAGAUCAGGUACUGCUUAUGAUUGAUAUUCAACUGUCUUAUAUUAAUACCAACCAUGAGGACUUCAUUGGUUUUGCCAAUGCACAGCAAAGAUGCAACCAAUUAAAGAAGAAGGGCCCAAUAGGAAAUCAGGUGAUUCGAAAGGGCUGGUUGACCAUAAGCAACAUCAGCAUCAUGAAAGGAGGUUCCAAAGAUUACUGGUUUAUUCUGACAGCUGAGAGCCUUUCCUGGUAUAAAGAUGAUGAGGAAAAAGAGAAGAAGUACAUGCUACCUUUGGACAACCUGAAGGUCCGUGAUGUGGAAAAAGGAUUCAUGUCCAGCAAAUACAUCUUUGCACUGUUCAACACGGAGCAAAGGAAUGUUUACAAAGAUUACCGAUGCCUUGAGCUGGCCUGUGACUCCCAGGAAGAAAUGGAUAGUUGGAAGGCAUCCUUACUGAGAGCUGGAGUGUAUCCCGACAAAUCAGCGGCUGUUGAAGAAGAAGGAUCUCAAAAUGAUAACUUUUCAAUGGACCCUCAGCUGGAGAGACAGGUGGAAACCAUUCGUAACUUGGUGGACUCUUACAUGACAAUUAUUAACAAAUGUAUCAGGGACCUGAUACCAAAGACAUUAAUGCACCUGAUGAUCAAUAGUGUGAAAGAAUUUAUACAUUCAGAGCUCUUGGCUCAUCUGUACUCUGAGGACCAAAACACCUUGAUGGAGGAGUCUGCAGAGCAAGCUCAAAGACGAGAUGAGAUGUUAAGGAUGUACCAUACCCUUAAGGAAGCUCUACAAAUCAUUGGAGAUAUUAGCUCCUCCACUAUAUCCACUCCACUGCCUCCUCCUGUGGAUGAUUCUUGGAUGCACUCGCGGAGGUCUCCGCCGGCUAGUCCAACCAACCAGAAAAGACCUGCUCAACAGGUAACCUCAACAAAACCACCUGUAGGUCGUAGCCCUGCUCCUACUGUCCCAGGCAACCAGAUAGGUGCUCUUACAGUACCUACUCGCCCAGGACCUUUAACACCUUUUCCCAGCAAUAAUGAUCCAUUUAUGAUGCCACCUCAGAUACCUUCAAGGCCAUCUCGUGCUCCACCAAGUGUUCCAAGGUAA